AUGGAUCUCAGUCUGAAAAAUGAGACUGAAUUAGAAAAUAGUGAAAAUAAUGAAAUUCAAAGCACAGAAGAAACUGAAUUAAACUAUACUUGUCCAGAUGAAAGAAGUGAAAAGAAUCACGUUUGUUGUCUUCUCAAUAUCAGUGACAUUACACUUGAACAAGAUGAAGAAGCCAAAGAAUUUGUCAUUGGAACUGGAUGGGAAGAAGCAGUCCGAGGCUGGGGAAGGAUUUCUCCAACUGCCUGCAUCUGGCCCAGGAAGAAGCUUAAAAAGGCGAAGAUGGGAGAAAGUGCCAGCAGCUGCUUACUCUGUGUCAGCCUCUCCCAAGGGAGCCUGGAGGCCAGGCUUCAGUCGGAGGCCGGGAAGUUGGAGUCGGGCGCUUCAGCUCCGGCUGAGGCAGGGCCGGAGAAGGAUGGAGGCAGCCUCUUCCAGACUCCGGGCCCCCCGCCAGGCCCCAACACUGCCUACCGGGAAGUUAACAGGAUCUGCUUUCCCACUUACAGUCAGGGAGAGAAAAAAAGUCUGCAAAUAAAAGAGUUUAUUUGGUGCCUGGAAGACUGGGCCACUCCCGAGGCUGUGAGGGGCAACGACCCCGGAAGCCCCAGCGGAGGCGCUGACGGAAGUGCCUCCGUGGCAGACUCCUUGACUUCCAAGGCCCAUUUAGUUCUACCUGCCCUGAAGUCUUCACCCCCAAAUGGCUUGGAUGUGCCAGGUAAGAAGAGUCAGAACUUUUUCUUGCAGCAGGAAGAGAAGGGGCUGAGCGUGGCGAAGGAUGAGCAAGUGGCUUGUGCAUAUGGGGUGAAAACAGUUGACAGGACAGGUGAAAAGAGGCCCAUUGAGCUGGCCAAGCACCACAAGGUGAAGGAAACGCAGCCUUUCCCCACCCCGGCGGCCCGGACAUCCCUGCUGGCCGGUCCCGAGCCCUGCUGCCUGCCCUGGUCCCUCCUGCCUGAAAAACACCUGGUGUGCCCUCCCCACCACAAGAGUGUUCGCUAUCUCGCCACCCUGCAGCUUGUGGAGAAACAAGGAGCGCAGACCUACAAAGCCAAAUUCAAAGCCAGGGAGCCGAGACCUCCCAUGAAAACCCCACACCGCGUUCUCACAGCGGCCAAGCCAGAAAACAGGCCCCAAACGCUGGAGACCAAAGUGUUCUCAAGACCUCUCUUGCCGUCCCUCACGGUGAGCAGAGUUGUUAUGGCCGUUCCCACUCACAGACUCCUCUGA